UGUACUCUUAAAUUUACAUUUAAUUAGUAAUAAUUACAACUUUACCAUUCGUAAGUAAAGAAGAAGAUUUAGCAGACAGUAUGCCUCUGCAUAAACUAAAUUGAUACUACUUUCACCAUAAAACAUCAACUGUGAAAUGAAAUUCAUUCCUGUUAAAUUUGUAGCUUUGGCAAGUACUUAUAUUGUACAGUAGUACACUGUAAGGAAAGGUGGGGAGGCAGUGGUCUACAGGGCAUAGGAACGGCAGCAGAAUCUAUAAUGUGUAGUUACGAUUCUCUACCUGUGGUGCUCGUGAGCGCUGCGGACACCGCCGCCGCUGACUCACUUAUCGCCGAAAUAAUUGACAAUGAUGUGACAGAAUCUUAUUGUAAGAAUGACAGUGGAGCAGACCCAGUAUGGAGAAUAGUGAAUAAAUAUUACACAGCAGAUGUGAGAGUACAUACUCUCACAGAUCAGCAGCAAAUGCAAAUAGAUCCUGACAAAGUAGAAGCUCAUGUCAUACAUCUGACUGAGACAGAAUGUUCCACCGGUGGUAGUGCAACGGUGGCAUGUGCCGAAGGCCGGCAACAACGCGCCGGAGCUGCGGAACGCGGCGCUGAUGUCCGGCUAGUAGCUGCAUCGUGUGUCGAACCUGAUGCUGAGCUAGAGGCGUGGGCUGCCAGUCAUCACCGGGAGCUAGUCGCGCUACGGGAGGCAUCUCCCGAGACGCCAGGGCCCUUCCUCGAGCAGUACGGCGUAGAAAGACUGCGCGGUGCACUGCACGCCCACGCGUGGCGCGGAAUGGAGCGUGUGCGACCAGAUCACGGCCCUCUGCCGUCGCUUAGUCGGACAUCGUCAGAGUCAUCGGAGGGCUCUGCGGGCUCGGCGGGCACGGAGGAGGAGUCGGUGGAGCGCGCGGAGGCGUUCGUGGCGGCGCUCGGCGCGCUGGAGGCGGCGCGCGACUCGCGACACGGCGACGCCGCGCGGCUCGACCGCGCCGAGCAAGUGGUGGCCGCCUUCUGUCGCGCGCUGGGCUACGACCUGGACGCGUGCUGACCGCCUGCAGGUGCUGACGCCUCGCCCUCGCCCCGCGGCGUUGCGUGCGCUCGCGUGCAACAUUAUAACUAACUAUUAUCACAGCGGAAACAGCACGUGUUCGGCGACCGGCGCGGCAUGCGCGGUCGCGCACUAUAUGUAUAUACAUGUAUAAUUACGUUAAAUCACAAGCGCAACAUUUGUAAAAAACCAUUGUCACCUAAUGAUACGAUCUCGUCACUUACAUUGAUAUGAAAAUGAGCUACGACGUCUUUAAUUUUUUUUAAUGUCAUAAUAAAUAUAAUAUAUAAACAGC